CAUUACUAUUUUUAUCAUUUAUUCACGAAGAAAGAAAAAGAAAAAGAAAACUAUAUUAGGAAGAAAACGAAAAUGGCGUCUCCUUUUUUGUGCGUAUAAAACAGGUAAAGUGAUACGUUAACGUGCUUCACUUUCUUCAAUACUGUUCAUUUAUAAUAAAAAGACAUUUCUACCCUCAUCAACGGUCGAUCAGUGUCGGAGAAAUUAUCUUUUCCGAUCUACUUAUUUCCCACUUUAUCGCUACUCCGUAACUCUAUAAUUCCUAUUCUGUCCUUUUCCGUUGCCGGAACUUACAUUAUUCAAUGGCGGAGGAAUUUGUGAAAGCAGUUGAAGACGGUGUACAUCUAUCGAAAAGGAUAUAUUUUGGGAAGGAUAGGGCGGUGGCGCCGCCGAAGCCGAUGACGGCGAUGGAGAAGGCGUCACAGUCAUACCUGCCGGAAUCGCCUAUGCUGUACGCUGUGAUUAAUGAUCCUGCUAUAGUUGAUAAUCCGGAUAUUCCGAGCUACCAGCCUCACGUGCACGGCAGGUGCGAUCCUCCUGCUUUGAUUCCUCUUCAAAUGAACGGAAUUUCACUUGAAGCUGAUUGUUAUUUGGAUAAUAUGGCGUUCAUUACUGUCACUGGAUCAUGGCGUGUGCAUUGCGUCAUGGGUAGCCGUAGCUGCGACUGUCGUAUUGUCGUUCCUAUGGGCGAACAGGGUUCAAUUCUAGGUGUCGAGGUUGAGUUACCCAGGAAAACAUACUGCACUAAAAUAGUUGCCAUGGAUGAUGAAAGCGGAACAGAAAAGCUAGCCAAAAUUGAAGAUGGAUGCUUUCUGACGCCCCAAAUUUUUACCCUUACAAUACCACAGGUGGAUGGUGGAACCAAUAUAUCUGUCUCGAUUAGAUGGUCUCAGAAGUUAUUGUAUAGCAAUGGUCAGCUAACCUUGGACGUACCAUUUAGUUUUCCAGACUUUGUCACUCCAGCUGGAAAGAAGAUCUCUAAAAAAGAAAAGAUAAAGCUUGAUGUUAACUCUGGUCCUGGAACAGAAGUUAUGUGCAAGACCACUAGUCACCCUCUGAAGGAGCGACAACGUCAAGCAGGAAAGUUGGGCUUCUUUUACGAAUCUGAAGUCCUUAAUUGGUCAAGUUGUAACUUUGUUUUUUCUUACAUGGUUUCGUCGACUCAUAUCUCUGGCAGUGUACUUUUGCAAUCGCCCCCACUACUUGACACCGACCAGAGAGAGAUGUUUUGCUGCUCUCUUUUUCCGGGAGACCAGCAGUGUAGGAAGGUCUUCAGAAAGGAAGUGGUAUUUGUUGUUGAUAUAAGUGGGAGCAUGAAGGGAAAACCAAUUGAGGAUACCAAACAAGUGCUCUGUACGGCCUUGUCAAAGCUUGAUUCUCAAGAUCUGUUUAAUAUAAUAGCUUUCAACAGUGAAAAGUACCUAUUUUCUUCAUCACUGGAAUUGGCAACCAAGAAGGCUAUUGAAAAUGCAACUCAGUGGAUUGGCACGAAUUUUGUUGCUGGUGGCGGAACAAAUAUUUUGAAUCCGUUGACUCAGGCCAUGGAGAUGUUUUCCUAUACCCAGCAACACAUUCCUGUUAUUUUCUUGGUCACUGACGGAGCUGUUGAAGAUGAAAGACACAUCUGUCAUGUUCUGAAGAGUCAUCUGAUGCAAAACCAAAUGAUAUGCCCGCGGCUUUAUACAGUAGGCAUAGGGUUGUUCUGUAACCACUAUUUUUUGCGCAUGCUUGCAAUGAUGAGUCAUGGCCACUAUGCCGCUGCUUAUGAUGUUGAUUCUAUUGAAGUUCGUAUGGAGCAGCUCUUCUCCAGGGCAUCAUCCAUCAUUCUUGCGAAUAUUUCCUUUGAGAACCUUGAUGGUCUUGAAGAAUUUGAGGUGUUUCCCGCUCCAACUCCAGACCUUUCAUCUGAGGGUCCAUUAGUAUUGUCAGGCAGAUACCGCGGAGCAUUCCCCGAGGUGCUUAAAGCUAAAGGAGUCCUUGCAGACUUGAGUAACUUCUCUGUGGAUCUGAAAGCUGUUCAGGCAAAGGACAUACCUCUUGAUAAGGUGUUGGCGAGGCAACAGGUUGAACUGCUUACUGCUCAGGCCUGGUUGACUGAAAAUAAGGACCUUGAACAGAAGAUAGCACAAACGAGUAUACAACAUGCAGUAAUUUCUGAAUAUACACGCAUGAUAUUGAUGGAGACCGAUAGAGGCAAAGUAGUCACUGAGUCAACCUCCAAGCGGAAGGUCUCCACUGCUGCUAAGAAGAUUGAAGAACCUAAAUUGGAGAAGAAAAUACUGCUACAGAAUCUUGCUGUUGGUUUUGGUAACUACAGCGCUACAGUUGAAAAUAUUCCUCCUGGAGCCUCUGAGACAAAACCCGAAACAGCAGAGAUUUUAGCAAAGGCAGCAUCUAACUGCUGCGGAAAGAUGUGUGAUAUAUGCUGUUGCAUGUGCUGUAUUCGAACGUGUUCAAAGAUGAACGAUCAGUGUGCAAUUGUGCUGACGCAGUUUCUGGGUUCCUUGGCAUGCUUAGGUUGCUUCGCUUGCUGUGAAUUAUGCUGUUCUGGAAAUGAUGGAUGAGAGUUAUAAAAUAGUUUCCUCAGCAAUCUUGUUGUAUAUUGUGUCAAAUAUGACAGAGUUAUACGAUUGUAAUUAGUUUACAUGUUCAUGAGCAUACUGUCAGUGUAGUCAUUUAGUGUUUUACAGUUCUUUGUGAAUAGUUAUGUAUUUAUUUAUCUAAGCAAUUGGACACAAGUUUUGCCAAUUGCUAUACUGCAACAAUGAUGUUGAAAUACGAGCAAGUUUGUUAGAUUGAGAAGAAA